UGGACUGCCGCUGUCUGUCUGCUCUGUGUGUAUCGUUCAAAGCUACGCCUAGAAGAAGUAUGGAUGAUUCAGAGCCAGACCUAGUGGAUGCAAACCUAGCUCAUGCAGCAGGAGGUUACCCAGGAUCUCAAAGAGCAAGACUUCCAGAAGAGAUUGUUGAAAAUGAGUACAACUUCAACCACCCCAACAGAGGGUAUGCCAUCAUCAUCAAUAACAGAAAAUUUGAACAUCACACUGAAAUGCCAGAGAGAAAUGGAACGGACCUGGAUGCUGCAGCUCUGUACCAAAGACUAUCUGCUCUUGACUUUAAAGUGGAAUUGGUCAAUAAUUUGAGAAGAGAAGAGAUGCGGAGCAAACUUGAAGAAGUUGCCAAGCGUAACCAUUCAGAUAAUGACUGUGUUGUGGUAGCUAUCCUCACUCAUGGGGAAGAGGGUGUGGUCUAUGGUGUUGAUGGAUGGAUCGAACUGGAAAAGCUGGUGGCACCAUUUAAGGGAGAUAAAUGUUUAACUCUAGUUGGAAAACCAAAGAUUUUCUUUGUCCAGGCCUGUCGUGGUAAUAAAUUAGACCAUGGUGUAGAGGUAUGUGAUGCAGAAGUUGUCAAGGAUGAACCAGAUGCUGCCACGGUGUUCAGGGUCCCUUCUGAAGCCGACUUCCUCAUGGCUUACUCAGUUGUACCAGGCUAUUUCUCAUGGAGGAAUUCCACUAAUGGUUCCUGGUUUAUCCAGUCUCUGUGUAAAGUCUUAGAGAAGUUUGGUCAUACGCUGGACAUCAUGACCAUGAUGACCCGAGUGAACAGGAUGGUAGCAUUUGACUACGAGUCCAAUGCAAACAAGGAAUAUAUGAGUAAAAAGAAGCAAAUCCCUUGUAUCACCUCCAUGCUCACUAAGGACUUGUAUUUUCGUCCUAAAUUACCCGGUAGACACUGAAUAACACAAUACUUAUAGGUGGAGUCUGUGCUUAGGUCUUUUUUAUAAAAGGUCACACAUAGUUAUAAUUCAACUUGUUCUCUUACCAUUUGCAGUUUCCAUUUUUGUUAAUGAAUGAUUCCCUUUUUAACUGAAGAUCACAAUAUUUACUUAAAUUAUGAUAUACAAUAUAAAUAGAUACACUGAUUUUACUGAUACCCUGGUGAAUUGUUUAUAUCUAAAAGUGAUAGUUAUCCUAGCUAUGUUGUGUUAGUUUCCCUUUUUUCUUUGAUAAGGCAUUGAGAACCAUUGAAGCUUAGAUAAUGUACAACUCUUUAUCAAUAUUUUUAAAAUUUUGCUUUAUAACCAUAUUUAUUUCGUUUUUAUUUUAUGAAUAUCUGUCUUAUUUUCCUAUGUUUGGAACUAGGACAUUCAACUGCCCUGCUGAUUAUAAUCUAUCAAUAGGAUUUAUUGUUUUUGAUAACAUUGUUCAUAUGAUACUGUAAUCUCCAAUUUUGUUUAAUUUCUGAAUGAUAAUCUACUGUCAGAUAUAUUUUUUCAACAUCAUAUUUUCAAAGUUUGUUGAAAUGAAAUAGGAGUAUGUAUUUGUACAUGUAACUUGAGUGAUGUCAGCUUGAAUGCUUUAUAUGUUUAACUUGCUGGGGAUUUUGUAGUGUACAAUUGGUUAUAUUUCUAUCCUAGUCGACAGUAAUUGAUCAUGUAUAUUGAGGUGAUUGUGUGUAUAUUGCCAGCAGUUUUGUUAUCCUUUUUAUUUCAUUGCCACUGGGUGAAUGGAUAUUUAUCUGAGAUAUCUUGACAUUGUCACUUGUGAAUAGAUAUUUUAUCUGAGAUAUGUUGAAAUAGUUAAUUCCUAGCUAAAAAAAUAAAGUAGCAAGUUGCAGGUUUUAUUAAGGGCAUUUUGCUAGAACUACUUCUUCCACCCUUACCUGCACGAAAGCAGUGUUGACAUGUUGAAGGCGCUCUCCAUAGAAUUUACUUGCCAAAAUGGUUUUUCCUGGGGUAAAAGGCAUUUUCUCCUACUCACAAAUCAUUGCUAGACCUAUCUCUGCACUUUGAAUUGAAAUAUAAUUUAUUAGAUUCUUUAAAUGACUGGCCAGUCAUUUGAUUUAGAAUGACGUCUGUCUUUCACUGAUAUUCAUUGAGCAUGGCCAUGGUUAUCACUUCACAACACGAGGAAAUGGGCAUUGUUUAGUUUUUGCUGCCCUGUGUAUAAUACGAAGUUGCGAGCUUUAAUGACUAUCUGAAAAGACAUGGAAUGAAAUAACAGCACACGGUAUGCAUCAAAUACGGUUUUAUUCAAAGGGUUUUAAUGUCUUUAAGGUCUGAAUUGAAAAAUAUUAGGAUAUAAAUUCUUGGAGAAUUCUUUUAAGUCUUGAUGGUUUCCCCAUACGCUUAAUGUAGUUUGAAAGGUACUCCCAUAUGUCCUACUUUUGUUUCUUAGAAACUUGAUAAUGGAGUGCGAUCUCAAAUCUUUUAAUUGAUGUACAUAGAUAAGGUAAUAUGUGUGCAUGCAAGAUUACUGUCAUCUUCCUAAUCAAAUUAUUCAAUCAGUGAUUUCCAUUCACAAAUUUGUGCAGACACUGAUGUCACUUAAGAUAUGGUUAACAUAGCUGUUUUUAUGUUGAAUUAUAAUUGGAAUGCCUUUGCAUACUGAAGUAUUUAUUUGACCAAAUUGCUUUAAAUUAUUAUCUUGUGCAGGUUUUCCUAAAAAUGGUCAGUGUUUGAUGCAUUUUCCUUUGUUCAUUCACAUGGUUGAUUUAAAAAAAAAAAUAAUUUGACAGUCUCAUUUCAGUGCAUUUAGCUUCGAGUGGUGCUAGGAGCUUUUAGGGCAACAUUAAACUUACCUGUGCCAUUUGAAAAAUGAAACUAAUACUGAAAUACGUGUAUAUCUACAGACAUAUCACAAAUGACAGUGCUGCAUUUCUAGGUGCAUUUUGAUUUAAAGACUAAUGUUAUUAUUACCAAGGAAAUGGUUGUAGUAUGUGUUCAUGCCUGUGUCAUUGCUCAUAAUGCGUUUUAAAUCAGAAAGGAAUGUUUCAAAUUAUGUUUUUUAUCUAAAAAUUUUACUUGAAAGUGGCCAUGUAUUUCAAUGCUAAAUAAAUGUAUUGAUUUCA